GCUGUCUUUCCAUAGAGACCGUGUGACUCCCUUUUCUGUGGAGCGCUGACAUCCUAUCUGAGAGUUUUUGAGCGGUUACAGUUCCAUAUCGCCCACAGAAAGCACUCAUAAAGCUAUGUCUGCUUAGAUUAACAGCGGUGUUGAUACUCGUGUAGCUUCAGGACUCCGGAAGCCUGUGUUUAGCACAGCUGCAAGUGGGUCAUCUACCCGUCUGGCCCUCAUUCAUAAUACGAUGCUCCUGCUUUUGGAGGGUGUCCUGAGGCUUCCACUCUGGACUGCACUAACGCCUGAAUGGUAGUAAUAAGAGCUCACGUUUGUGGAACACUUGAGAUGGCCCCAGAAAAGCCUGCCAUUGCUCCGCCCGUCUUUGUGUUUCAGAAGGAUAAAGGACAAAAGGUGAUGUUUUCAAGAUCCACCUCGCUUCCAGAACGAAGAUGGUCCUCUGCAGAGCAAAAAGACUUGUCGGAUUCGGGAGAGGAGCCUCGGGGGGAGGCUGAGGCCUCCCACCAUGGCAUGGGUCACCCCGAGUCACCGGGUGAGCAUGCCCUAGAACCUCCCGUCCCCGCUAGUGCUCCAGCCAGCGCUCCUCCGCGUCCCGCUCCUGAAGCCCAGCUUCUUCCUUUUCCGCGAGAACUGGCAGGGAGAUCAGCUGGCGGCUCCAGCCCAGAAGGGGGAGAAGAUUCCGACCGAGAGGAUGGAAAUUACUGCCCUCCUGUCAAGCGAGAAAGAACGUCAUCUUUAACCCAGUUCCCACCUUCUCAGUCAGUAUCAAAAAACAAUGUCUUCAUGCCAUCAACCUUCUGUGAAUCAUCUGCAGGCAAUUCUGACUCGGAGCCAGAGGAGAAGAGCAGUGGGUUCCGGUUGAAGCCGCCAACGCUCAUCCAUGGCCAGGCGCCCAGUGCAGGUCUGCCAAGCCAGAAGCCCAAGGAGCAGCAGCGCAGUGUGCUCCGCCCAGCAGUACUGCAGGCCCCGCAGCCCAAGGUGUCAUCACAGGCUGUUCCAAGCAGCGGCACCAAUGGGGUCAGCAUCCCGACAGACUGCACAGGGCCUGUGACAUCCAUAUUGCCCGACAACCCUGCGCGGAGGAGUCCGUCGGAAUCCACUGACGAGGCACAAGCCUUUGAGGAGAAAGAGCCCCAGAAAAAUGAGUCUAGCAAUACUUCUGAGGAGGAAAACUGUGAGAAAAAAGAACAAGUUGCACAGCAAGCAUUUGUCUUUGGACAGAACUUGAGGGACAGAGUCAAGUUAAUAAAUGAGAACACAGACGUGGCGGAUGUGGAGAACGCCGGGCACCUCAGCUCAGAAGCGCCGACUGCAACGAACUACUUCCUCCAGUACAUCAGCUCCAGUUUAGAGAACUCGACCAACAGCGCUGACGCGUCCAGCAACAAAUUCGUGUUUGGCCAGAACAUGAGUGCGCGCGUUUUGAGCCCGCCAAAAUUAAACGAGGUCAGCUCAGAUGCCAACAGGGAAAACACAGCCGCCGAGUCCGGGUCUGAGUCCUCUUCCCAGGAGGCCACCCCCGAGAAAGAGUCCCUGGCUGAGUCAGCAGCCGCCUACACCAAGGCAACAGCCCGGAAGUGUUUGUUGGAAAAAGUGGAAGUCAUCACCGGGGAGGAGGCGGAGAGCAACGUGUUACAGAUUCAGUGCAAGCUGUUUGUGUUUGACAAAGCCUCGCAGUCCUGGGUGGAGAGAGGCCGGGGGCUGCUCAGACUCAACGACAUGGCGUCUGCAGACGACGGCACGUUACAGUCCCGGCUAGUGAUGCGGACCCAGGGGAGCCUGCGGCUGAUCCUCAACACCAAACUUUGGGCGCAGAUGCAGAUUGACAAGGCCAGUGAGAAGAGUGUGCGUGUCACAGCCACAGACACAGAGGACCAGGCCGUAAAGGUCUUCCUCAUCUCGGCCAGCUCCAAGGACACAGGCCAGCUGUAUGCAGCCCUGCACCACCGCAUCCUGGCCCUGCGCAGCCGUGUGGAGCAGGAGCAGGAGGCCAAGAUGCCUGCCCCUGAGCCGGGGGUGGCCCCGUCCAAUGAGGAUGACAGUGACGACGACGAUGUCCUGGCUCCCUCAGGGGCCACGGGAGGCGGCGCUGGUGACGAAGGGGACGGGCCCACGGCCGGGAGCACAUAGCGGCUGGGCCGCCGCACACAGGCUGCUGCUUUGUCCAUCUGUCUGCCCGCCUGCCCCCGCCCCUCCCUGCGGCAGCGUGGCGGCAGCAUCGGGGCGCGGACUCGGAACCACACCCGUUGGGUCGCCACAGUUUGGAUCCGCACGUCCUGUCCCAAAGCAGACUUGGAACUGCCCGGCGUGGCCUGGGCACGAGACCUCAUCAUAUUGAUGAGCAAAACACAAGGACAUUUCUCCUCCCCCUUUGAAUUGAAAUGGCACAUUAAGACUUGUCGUGGCUUCUCACUGGGAUGGGCGCCUCGUCUCUACCCCUCGGGUCGUGGCCUCCGGGCCGCUGGCCUCGCCACUGCCACCGCCGGCACUCGGGGGCACCGCGGGCCACAGCCCGGCACCGACGUCUCCCCCGUCUCCUGAAGUGUAAACACUGGGCCUGUCAGACGCUCUGUAGCGACCCUCCCCACCCGUGUCCCUCUCGUUUGGAGUUCGUAUUUGGCAAAUCUUUAUUUUUUUUUAUUUUCCAAGGAUGGGCUUUGGCUUCGUAGAUGAAGGAACAUGCCCCCGUUUGCCGAGCAGCUGCUCUGACCUGCCCUCCACACCUCGUGUUCCUGGCCUUUGUGCAGGGCCUGGGCCUAACUGGGGGCCGGGGCAGCAGGCCGCUCUAGGGGAGACCCUACUCGCCUCUCCCCCAGCUUCCUUCAGGAUGAACCAGGGUGGUGAGGGCUUGGGCCUAGACCUGGAGAAAGCCUAUCUAAAGGGUUGCUGGGCCCUGGAGUGACCCCACCUAUCCUCCCCAUCUGCACGUCAUGGCUCACCCACCACCCACCCCCUGGUACAACCCUGCUUCUCACUGGGGCCAUUUCUCACCCGGCCCAGGGUGUUGCUGGGGCUGGGGGCCUCCAUGAGAGGAGAGGGGGACCCUGGCCUGACGUCAUAGAGCAGGUGGGGGCUGGUCCCAGACAGCAGAUCGCUCCCACACCGGCCAUUCCACAGCCGCCCACCCAGGACCAUGCUCCAUGCCCACCCUACCCCCACGGCUGUGAGCCCACUGGGUGCCGUCCACCUGGGAGGCCCAGGGAGGGUCCACUGUGCAGGCUCCUCGGGACGGCAGAUGGCAUCACCCAGCUCCUCCCGUAGGGGGCUGCUUCCUUGGCUCAGCACCCCCACUCUGUGGUGGGCUCAGGAGCACCCCCACAACCAGCCCAGCCCGGCAGAGCACUGAGAAGACUCCAGAGGCCCCUUCCACAAGAGGCAGUCACUUCUCUGCUUUAAGCCUUAGCCAACUAGUGACAAGUAAAACCAGAUAAUGCCCACGUGUUUUGGAACAUUUAUGUAAGAUUGUCCUAUGAAAUGUAUUUGGGAACGACAUUAAAACUUUUAACUAAA